GCCAGUAUCUCCGAAAUCGACACCAACGUUGAGAUCGAUAUUGUCGAUCUUUGAAUCGAUCCGCCCACCAUGACUGUACAGUUUGUUCUUUCGAGUUCAGAUGAGCUUGUUUACCUUUAGGACCACUGUAGUAUUGUAUUCUAACAUCUGCUUUUCCUCUAGAAAUAACAUUUUUUUUCCAAAGGUUGCCUGAUUUAGAAAUGAGCUUUAAAAUACACGCCAACAAAUGGCUCUAACAUGUCCCAGUACACUAUGGUGAAAAACCCGUUACAUUUGACCUGUCCUCUACAGUACACUCAGCUAGCUGUUAGCUAGCAAUUAGCUUCAAAGCUAACGUCAAGUUAGCACUGGAGCGGCGCGAAUGAAAACGUUCACAGUGACACAAAACGUCAACAGAAGACGAACAAAAUCCAUGUAACGUUCGUGGAGAAGGAAAAACACGUCUUUUUGUGGAGCGAGUUAACUGGCACCACCAGUGCCACCCCAAGUUCACAAUGUUCUUGUCGACCACAAGCCGUCUACGAGGAAGAGGACACGAUUUCCUCCGUGACUCGAUGAACAUGAUGUUCCACUCUCCGGCCGGUAAGAGACUACGGAUUCUGGUUGACAUGGACGGAGUUCUGGCCGACUUUGAGGGCGGGUUCUUGAGGAAGUACCGGGCUAGGUAUCCGAAUGAUCCCUACAUCACUCUGGAAGAUAGGAGAGGGUUCUGGGUGUCCACGCAGUAUGGACAGCUCAGGAGUGACCUUUGUGAGAAAGCCAUUACUAUAUGGGAGUCCAAGGACUUCUUCAAAGAGCUGGAGCCCCUUCCAGGUGGAGUGGAAGCUGUUAAGCAGAUGUCUAACAUGGACAAUACAGAUGUCUUUAUCUGCACCAGCCCUAUCAAGCACUUCAAGCACUGCCCUUAUGAAAAGUAUGCGUGGGUAGAAAAGCAUUUGGGACAUGAAUUUCUGGAGCAGGUUAUCCUGACCCGAGACAAGACGGUGGUCAGUGGGGACAUCCUUAUUGACGACAAGCCUGACAUUUUAGGCGUGGAGCCCAAACCAACGUGGGAGCAUGUUUUGUUCACCGCCUGUCACAACAAGCACCUUCCUGUCAGAUCUUCGCAGAGGCGCCUUCAGUCCUGGUCUGACGACUGGAAGGCUAUCCUGGACAGCAAAAGGAAAUGACAUGCUGUAACGUCUUCAACUACAAGCUACGGAACCUCAAGUAUGAUUAAGAUUGCAUCACCAGCAGCAUUGCCUUAUAUUUGGCUGCCAGUGCUCAAAAGGAAAGACGAUAACUGUAUGCCUGGCAGACACUAUCCACUCGAGUUGCUGUGUCUUACCCUCGGUUCACCACAAGGAGGCACUGUGAGACUGAAGCAUGUUUUGAUCACAAACAAAAAGAGCACACUGACUGACACUGCAAUGCCAAAUGUACUGUAUGUGCUCUUAUAGGCUAAAAUGUGUUCAUUUAUAACAGAUUUGAUCUUUUUUUGCAGACAUGCAUGAAUGAGCUACUUGACUUGCAACAAAAUUCUUCCAUGCACUCAUUUAGUCACCAAUAGUUGCCUAUCGUUUACAGAGCAGGAUGUGCAAUACAUGAACCUGGACAAAUACAAUAUAAGAUCAUUUUAUUUUCAUUUUUAUUCAAAUAAGUUUUCCUUUAAAAAGAUAUGGGCCUUUGGUGCACCUUUGUAUUUGUUUUUAAAAUCAUGUAUUGUGUUUUGAACAUCAUUUAUGCAUUUUAAUUAGAAAUAAAAAUAUAAUGACAAACACUAAUGCAUGUGUUAGUCUAGAAUCAGCCGGUGAAAGUCAGGACUGAUUAUGUUAAAGAGGAACACAGUUUAAUGUAGUAAUCAUAAAUAUACAAAUCAUUUAAACACAUUUGAAAAUGUAUGUUUUUACUUUUGUUAUUUUUUUUUUUUACACAGCCACUCACAACUCCUUGUUUUUUCACCAAAUGACUUAUUUUUAAAUUUAAUGUGAAAAAUAAGUACUGUAAAAUGUCAUCUAUUAAAAGAAAUGUUCAAGAUGCCAAUUCAGGUCAUUUUUGUAUCACAACCAUUUACCAUGAACUGGUAAAGUACAACCGUUUGUAUUCAUUCAAAUGUUGUUUGCCUGUCAAAAAUGUUUAUUACUGUAAAGAUGGUGUACAAUAAAUAU